AUGUUCUUGUUUGCUUCAGGUAGACCCAUCGCUUGUCGCUCUUACCCUCUCCUAAAGCGUUCUUACACCAACCUCUCAGUUCAACAGCUUCAAGCUCUUCUGGGCAAAAAUGAAUCAAAUCCUAGAAUCACCCACCAGCUCCAUUCUCACUUCAUCACUGCUGGUCUUCUUCUACUUCAUCAGAAGCAAAACUCUGGGAAGCUUCUCCUUUUCAAUCCUCUGCUUCGAUGCUAUUCUCUUGGCGAAACUCCUCUUCGUGCUUACUUACUCUACGACCAACUCCAACAGCUUCAUUUCUUCUCUGAUCACGAGAAGAGACUUCCUCCUUUCGAUAGCUUCACUUACCUCUUUCUCAUCAAAACGACUUCGAAUCCUCGGUUCCUGUAUCCAAUGCUAGGGAUUGGAAUUCAUGGUUUGACGCUAAAAUUGGGGUUUGAGUUUAAUGUCUACGUUCAGACAGCUUUGGUUGGAAUGUAUCUUGUUGUCGGAAAUAGAGUUGAUGCUUACAAAGUGUUCGACGAAAUGCCUGAGAGAAGUUCUACAGCUUUGGUUGGAAUGUAUCUUGUUGUCGGAAAUAGAGUUGAUGCUUACAAAGUGUUCGACGAAAUGCCUGAGAGAAGUUCUGUAACUUGGAAUGUGAUAAUCACUGGCCUAACUAAUUUGGGAGAGUUCGAGAAAGCUAUUUUCUUGUUGGAGAAGAUGCCGAAUCGGACAGUAGUGUCGUGGACCACUCUCAUUGAUGGCUACGCACGAGUGAAUAAGCCCAAGGAAGCUAUACUCAUGUUCUGGAGAAUGGUUGCUUGUGACGCAAUUAACCCAAACGAGAUCACCAUUCUCGCGAUUCUUCCAGCUGUUUGGAGCUUUGGAGAUCUAAGUAUGUGUGGAUCGGUCCAUGGUUACGUUGUGAAAACAGGGUUUGUUCCAUGUGACAUCCGUGUGACAAACUCUCUCAUCGACGCUUAUGCGAAAUGUGGGUGUAUCCAAAGCUCGUUGAAGUUUUUCAUGGAGGUUCCAAAUGUUAGAAAGAAUCUUGUAACGUGGACAACGAUGAUCUCUUCCUUUGCUAUGCACGGGAUGGGCAAAGAAGCGGUCAAUAUAUUCAAAGACAUGGAAAGAUUGGGAUUAAAACCGAACAGAGUGACCAUGAUCAGUGUUUUAAACGCUUGCAGCCACGGAGGCUUAGCAGAAGAAGAGUUUCUAGAGUUUUUCAACAAGAUGGUAAGCAAGUACAAGAUCACACCCGAUGUGAAGCACUACGGAUGUUUAGUAGAUAUGCUGAGAAGAAAAGGAAGAUUAGAAGAAGCAGAGAAGAUCGCUUUGGAGAUUCCGUCUGACCAAAAGGCAGUGGUUUGGAGAAUGCUGCUUGGAGCUUGUAGUGUCUAUGAUGAUCCUGAAAUGGCUGAGAGGGUUACUAAGAAGCUGAUGGAGUUAGAGAGAGGCCAUGGAGGUGACUAUGUGCUUAUGUCUAACAUCUUUUGUGGUACUGGAAGAUUCACAGAUGCUCAGAGGUUUCGGAAGCUGAUGGAUGUUAGAGGUGUAGCUAAACUUCCAGGACAUUCACAAGUAACAUAGUAGAAGAACUUAUAAGAGUCUUGUAACUAAGACUCCGACGUUCAUUGUGUUUGGAGAAGCUAAUCUUCACAAAGAAGAACCAAUUAAUUUAAAUAAGCUAAAAGUUUUGU